AUGUCAUUUUCAAUCUCCGACGUCCAGCAAUGGGCUCAGGAGGCGUUCAGAACACUAGAGAAAGCCCGUGAACUCUCUUCUUCGGCACAGGCGGUUCUUGAGUCCACAGCUCACAUCCUUAGAGAUCAAUUACCAAAGAGAGUUCAGGUUGCAUCCGAGAACCUGGGCCUAAUAAUGGAUCAGCAUGCCAACAUAUCCGCCUUGAUGGAACACAUACGCGUUCAGGUGAAUGACGGAAUCAUUGGGUCCCAUAGAACUGCUGCCGAGAGUCAGCUAAAGCCAGUGAUGGAGAGACUCGACCAGGUGCUCAAUCAAUUGCGUGCAACCCCUGUUCCCGAGGCACUUUUAAGCGACGAGGUUGACGAUAAAGCCAGCUAUAAGAAUUUGGGUGACUUCAUCGCUGACGAGGAAAUUAAUCUACUCAAGGAGAACAUCCAUAUCUACUUAGCCAAUUCUGCAAAGACAUGUGAUCUACUAGCUCAGCAGCUUGAGGUCCUACUAAAGGAGUAUCACCGAAACUCAAAGAAGUACUUGAGCUUAAACAAAAUGUACAAGUCUUCGGUCGCUGAAACAGCGACGCUUCUUCGUUUCGCAGCCAUGACUCAAUCCCCUCCGAAGGAACAAAGCAACAUAGUUCGGGCCAUUUUACGAGAAAAUGGCUCGCUAGAGCAGGAGCUUGUAUCAUUGUUGGAAAUGCUCACCAAUCACUACGACCAGUGCUCGAUUGCAGUAGACCUUUUGAAGUCCAAUGCAGAGAGUAGUGGAGUCAAUUAUGAGGUUCUUCAAGCUGAUACCGCCGAGCUUCCGCACGUACUUCGAGAGUUUGCUGCAAUCCAUGACAUAAUUAUGAAUAACGAGACUAGGGCCGCAAAGUUCGUGGAGCUGAAGCUUCCAAUGAUAGAGAGCUUUGUCGAGCAAUCUACAGCCCACACAGAAACGAACACCGCGUUCAAGAAUGAAAAAAUAACAAAGUUCGUUUUGCUCAUACUUAAGGUGGAAGAAGUGCUCAGGCUGUGCCUGAUUGAAACCGCCGAGCCACCUACGAAGCUGGCUAUAGGGCUUUAUACGGAUGUGGUAAACCAGCUUCUUCACCACUAUACGCAAUUUCUUGCAAUUUUCAAGCAGCAUUACAUCACAGAGCUUCAUUAUGAGCAAUACGUCUAUCCAAGGAAGUAUGUUAGAAUGCUUGAUGACUUUUUGCAUGGUCCACUUUUAGAGCUUGAAGAGGAUGAACGAGCAAGGCGAGCGCAAUGGUUAUCUCGCUACGGUGACUUCAUCCCCAAAGAGCUCAUACUUCCUGGAUUCCAGAGCCAACCGUGCGUGGUACAGGUGACCACAGAAGGUUUGGAGAUGCUUCAGGCUGGUACCGCUGAGGAGGAUGAGGCGAGACUUCUUCUGCUUCUCAAAAGGCAUCAAAGCCGAGGCACCAGUCCGACAAAAAAUGGCUCAAAUGAAGACUGA